UUCUCACCACUGUCAUUUUUGUUGCAUUGUUUUUGAGAAAAAAAAAAAGUGUGCAACACACAGAAUCAUCUAAAUGCUGCACUCUGAAGUGUGGGCAGCAUUGCCAGAUGUUUACUAACAGUAUACCCCUGCUAAGGUAUUUCAAACUUCACCGUGACUAUAUCUGGGCCUUUAGUGCAACAAGUGGUUGUGUUUUCUGUUGCAAGUCAGGUGCACAAGUCACUGUGUGUAAUUCAGACCCCCAGGGGAAAUGUUUAGAGUUAUCGCCAUCUUUUUUAGACACUUUGUAACAAGGAUUUGGGAAAUCAGUCCUCCCCAUGUUCUCAAAUGGAGCUGGUAAUUACAAACAGCUUGACACUGGGGUAAUCAUGCCUCCUAUGUGGAAAAGGCCUUGCACAUUUACUGUGCGUGCUACUUAGCGUGACAGCAACACAUAGCAAUGGUUUGCACAAACGUAAAUAUGCAUAAACUUGAAUAUGCUCUCUUUUUUCUUCCUUUCGGUUUAUGUGUUUGCUCACCAGUGCAUUGCAGCUGUGAUUUAGGGCCCUUGAAGAGCAAGUCAGAAUGUUGAGGCUGACUUUAUUUACUCAGGUAGCCAUUAAAGAUGACUUCACCUCCUUUCAAUGAAUGAAAUCAUGCUGCAAGGGAAAAUCAUCAUAAUUGUCAUUUUAUCAGCAUUCUACUUGAGAUAAACCACGGGCUGCUGGGCUCCCUGCUCCAACAAAGCAUUCCAAUGGAUUGUGUUUGGGAGCGUGUGAAGAGAGAGAGACAGAGACACACAGAGACAGAGAAAAGAGAGUGCACUGCAUCACAGGAAGGUGAGGCUGUGAGAUGAAUAUGUGGCAUUUUUGUAAUGCCUCAUGAUUUUCCACUAGGAGGCAAUUUUUCAUUUUCACAUUUAGUCACAACCCACCACCUGCCCUAAAUUCUGACAUUUCUAAAUUAAAAAAGAAAGAGCACCAAAUUAUAGGUCAGGAACGAAUGCUGGGGGAGAUGUGUGAGAUGAGAAGAAAAGCACAGAUAAAAUAGUAAGUAAAAAUGGGAACAGAUGUAAGAUGAAAAGCAUGCAAUUUAACUUAUCUGCUCACAUGCAGUCAACUUGCUGUGCUGUUUUAAAAGCUCGGUUUAUCACGUCAGCACUUAUUAACACAUUGUGUCGCAGAUGUGUGCAUCCUUGAGAGCGCAAGGGGAAAUUGGGGGAGCGGAAUUUAAAGCGGAAUUUCAUUGAGUUUUUUAUUUUAUUUUUUUUAAGUCUUUGUCUAUUUGAUCAUUCGAUGACUGAACACAGGAAGAGAAAAGACCAGAGUUAAAUGUACUAUGAAAGCACAAAAAGACCAUCUAUUGAUAUCAAACUGCAAAAAUUCCUCAUUAUAAAAUCUCUUAGUUAGCAUACAACCUCCAAAAAUUACACAUCAACAGUCCUUUUUGGUGAUCAAAAACUUCACCCACCCAGUCACAGUGAAAUAAGGAAAAAGUCAAAAUAUAACAAGUGAAUUUAAAAUCACAACAUUAAUACACAAUGUGAAAAAAAUCAUAAUCGUAUUAAGAUUUGCUAAACAUUCAUUUUAACAAUGUUAAAUUAUUUGUGUUUUUAAAGAUUUAGAUGAAGGAAAUCAAAUAUAGGAGAAAAAAGUAAGAAAAUUAGCAUUUAAAUUAAAUAUUUAAGAUCAGCCAAAAUAAUCAUCUGAUACUGAUUAAAACAUAUCUAUAUAUAUCUUAAACUUGGUCAGAACAACAUACAUCAGCUCCACCAAUAUGAACCCAAUGUAUUGUGUAUUCUUAUAUUUAACCAUGCAAACCACUGUUUAGCAGAUAAUUUCGAAAAGGAAAAUUAGCGCAGCGGUUUCUAAAAUUCAAAUGGCAGGCAUUUCAAAUUACACAGAGCAAAAGAGAAUUACCACAGUGUCAAUUAAGAAAACAACUGUAUUUAUGUUCCGUUCCAUCAGUCCAUUAAUCAGUGCUUUGUGUUUUCAGUCUCUGUUCUUCUUCCUGGCACAUAACAGAAGCAAAUAGAAUAGUCAAGGCCAGGGAGAAAUCUCUCUUUUCAUGCACCAUAAGGUUCGGCUGCUCACAUCAACUGUGCUUAUUGUGAACUCCAAAAAAGAAGCCUCUUAAGUGAUUUACAUACUAACGUCAAAUUUUCAGAUGCUAAGGAUCUCAAACAUUGUGCUGUGACAAGAAAAAUACAAAUAAAAUGUCACACAUAUUUUUUUACAUUAUUAUUUAUGUCUUAUUUAUAAACCCCUAAGGGCCAUUCAUGCUGGCACAGACUGUAUGGCCCUUUAAAAAGAAAAAAAAACAAAAACAGGAAAUAUGUCAGUGCAAUUAAUGCUAGCUCAACUUGGAAGAUGUACUUCAGCUCCAACAUCCCCUCCAAUUCUAAUACUAGUAGACAGCUUUUUAGUAAGUAUGCUGUGUGUAAAAAAAAAAAAAAUAUUCGCAGUGAUGUUUUGUUAAAUAACAUUCACUCUUAUGUACAUAUACAUGAAGUAAACUAGCUGGUAAAAGGGCUGAACUUUUUUUUUUCCUUUUUUUUUAAUCAUCUUCACACCUGUUGCUUUAAAAAAAUAAAAUAAAAAAUAAAUAAAUAAUAAAAAAAACUUGAAUAUACGUUUAGAGUGACAUAUGAGCUCAGGGAAGGCAGCGCAAACAAACUGUAUGAAUUGCAGUCUGUCAUAUGCAUAUUUAGCUUUCAUGUGUCCUCUUUUAAGCCAUAUGUGGGCAUAACAUGUUUCAUUGAAGCUCUUACUGAAAAGAAGAUUACAUAACCUCAGCAAAAAAAAUUAAUUAAACUAAAUUUAAACUUGACAUAUUUCUGUAAAUCAUGGUUUAAUCUUAUUUGCUAAAUAUAACCGAUUAAAAAACAAAAAAAUUAAUUAAUUCAAAAAAAUAAUGUGCAAAGGUUUUGGCACCGUUAGGGUUAAACUCUUAGGGUUAGUUUAAUUCUCUGAAAAUGUAAGGCCUUGAUGUAAGUGAGGUGAUGACAGUUCCAAAGCUUAUAUAAUAAUUCUCACUCUUCAAACCUCUCACUGUGUUUACACUCAACAGCCACAGGCUUCUCUAAACAGCUUGCUGAGAAUCAGAAAAAAAAAAAAAAGAUAAUUGAGCCUUAUAAAGCAAGGUUAUGAAAAGAUAUGGAAACGCUGGGUAUUUGCAAUGUGCAAUAUCUAAGAUGUCAUUGAGAAAUAUAAGUUAGGGAAAAAAAAAAAAAAAAAAAAAUCAAGGCAAGAUGUGAAGACCAAGAAAAAAAAUAAGUUCAAUAAAACUGGACUGGUCUUAGAUUGAAACUAAAACCCCCAUAUGGCAGCAAAAGACUUGCAGGAAGAUUUAGCAGAGAGUAGUGUUGUAGUGGUGAAUCAGUCCACUGUGCUGCAUUAUUGGCACAAAUAUGAUAUACAUGGAAGGCUCGUCAGAAGGAAACCUAACCUGCAAUCUCUUUACAAAACAUGUAAAAUACAACACGUAUAUGGUCAAAAGCUCAGCGGUAAAUAUCUGCUGACGUCAACACAAUUCAUCAACACAAACUUUUGGAAUAUAGGCUUUUAUGAAGCAGCAGCAAAUAAUGGUGAAAAUGACUCAACCAUUGUUUGACAUGACACACGUUACACACGCAGGGGCAAAGCACAAAAACACAACCGCUAUUCACCUAGUCUGACAGAAUCCAGAUGAUUGAAGCAAUUAAUAAUUACAGUUUAGGGUUUGGACCCCAUGUUGGUGACAGUGGUGCCUCCACAGGGGCACAGUAAAAAUAUUAUAAAGUUACAGUAAAAAGUUACAAAGAGUUAAAGCUGGCAUUAAACAAUUGUUUAAGUUGCAAUCGUCUUUUCUUCCCUAUACGAGUAAAGUGGCUUCUCGAACAAGGAAAAAAAAAAAAAAAAAAAUUUUGGGCAGGAUUCAAUUUGGUUCAUCAGUAAUUAAUUGGAUCAUUGGAUCUUUGCCGUUUACUAUUGCUGCAAUCUCGUGUGAGUGAGAGGUUGUCCCACUCUCACGCCGGGAAACAUAUCAGAGAAGAGAUGAGAUUUUGUUGCAAGAGGGAGAGGAAAUUAUUUGAUUAAAGAUUACUAGAGCACAUGAAUUAAAUAUAAAUAAAAAAAAAAAAUAAUAAUAAUAAUGAUGAUGAUGUACAUAGAUAAAUAAGUUAUAAACAACAACAAUAAGAAAAACAAGAAGCAUAAACAGAAUAAGAAUAAGAAGUAGAAGAAAAAGAAGAAUAGUCAGUUUUAUUUUCAUGGUAAUUGGGCAGACCAAUGUGAAAAUUCAUCUCUUUUACAAGGGAAAUAAAUUAACGCGAAACAUAUACAUGAUUACUUGUUUGCUUCAAGAUCGAAGUGAUCCCCCCACAAACACUUAUUAAAGUGGUGCACUAAAGCAUGCACACAAAAGUAAAGUGGAGGUGGAGAUUGAAUUCUAAAUAAAUGUUUGUUACUGUUGAAUUUUGAAUAUUUAAAAUAUUUAGUUGUUGAACCAACUGUUCUGGUUGGAUCAGAUAAAAUGAAAAUUUUACAUUUGACUACAAUAACCACAUAUAGGUUUUAUGCCAGCAACAGAAGAAAGUAUUCUACAAAGUAUAAUUAAAUCCCACAAAGUAAUGUCUCAUUGGGACGGAAAUCUACAAAUUAUACAGACUGCAAUCCCUAACCAAAAUCAACCAUACUAUUAUACAGUAUGAUACUUCAAGAAAUAAAAUAUUAUGGAAUGUACUUCAAUAUUAUUGAUAUCUCCAGGAAGAUUUUAAAUGUUCUAGAAACAUUCUAAAAGGCAUAAUGUGUUUUUUUUUUUUUUUUUUAAACCAAAAGAGACUGUAAUCUAGCUACAAGAAACAAAUGAAGGAGACCACAGUUCAAUCCAGGUAAAUCAUCAGGUAACUUGGGAAUAGUCAUACAAUUACAAACAAACAAAAACUUGCUAACUUAUUCCCAAACAGCAAGCGGUGUUGGCACAGAUCCGGCCCACAUCUGGCCCACGUGGAUUUCACGCAGGCCAGAUGUAGGCUGGAUCUGGGCCAACACUAUGUUGCUGUCUAGGUUGGCUCUUUUAGGCCAAGACUUCCUGUUUUCCAGCAGCCAUGUUGAUUCCAUUGCAGUUUAACCCAUCCCUUUGUAGUUUAUCUUACUCAUACUUGCUUUUGUAAUCAGUUAAUUUAAGUAAAUAAACAGUAACCAUGGAUUCACAUAUGAUCAUGAUUCAUCCAGAUCAUAAAAUAUUCAGUACAAAAUGAAAGAGUCUGAUUUUGCUAAAGAAAUACUGGUUAUUACAGACCAAUUUAUGCUGACUGAUGCACCAACAGAACUUACUUAACGAACAUAAAAGGCUGUACCAUUCCAUGCCAGAGUGCUGAGUUUUGUAACUUGCAAAGUGCUGCUUCAAUAUUUUUAAUGCUUCAACACAUUUAAUCAUAUGGUUGGUGUCUCUUCGAUAGCCUACCCCAGUUUGUCAAACAGUCCAUGCAUAGCUUCAAAAAAUAUUGUACCCAUGAAACAUUUAGACCAUGAACAAACUGGGGGGUGUGAAAUUUACCACAAGUAUGCGUGUGUUUGGUUCAUUUGGUGUCAAGUUGUCUACUCACUUCAUUCUCCUUUUGACGGCAACACUUCCAACCUGCAGGCAGAAAGGAAGCAAAAACCUAAUGCAUAAUAACGUGAUAUCAUAUUCAGAGCUGCGAAAUCGAAUCGCCAAAUGGGAAUUCAGAACGAACUUCCCCAGCGUUCUAUUUGGAGCACGCGCCGACUGACGUAGGUGAGCAGCGCGCGCGUCCAACUCCCUUGAGAAAGAAGAGCGUGAACGCGCCUCUGUCCUCCUCGCUGCUACAGUGAAUGCGGGCAUCCAGACGCCUGACUGAGUGGGGCGCUUCUUUACCGAGAGCUCGGAUGCCAGUGCAUGGAAAGGGUUCUGCCGAAGCCGAACGGGAGAGAAGGCAAAUGUAUUUCCACACGAACGCUCAGGUGUAAGUGAUGCUACUGCAAGUUGAAGUCCUGGAAGUAAAACCGCAGCAGAUUGGGAAUAAACGGAUAGAUCGGCGUUCCCCGUUGCAGAGCGCACUCAGUGCGUUUGGAAUACAGAGACGCAGCGUGGAAUUACUGGAGCCCUCAGUUUGUGAACUAAAGUCAAUUCGUUUUCUACCGCAUUUUAUUUUUUAUCGCAUUUUUCUUGUUUCCCUUGUUUGUUUUCGCUUCUUUUUUUUGUUUCAUUAGGUUUAUUGUUUCUCUCCUUCUAUUCUAAUGUUAUUUAGUAUCUACCCUUUUCAGUUUUUUAUUUUCUCAUCUUCUGAAAAUACUCGGAAUCGUUUUUGCGAGGGUAGAUUGUGGUAAAAAGAUACUCAAUCUCAAACUGAGUCGUGUCAUGGAUGGCAAAUUGUAUUUGCAUCUACGGAACAAAUCGGGGAAUAUAGAAUAACUACUGCUGACAGAGACAAGAACCAAGUGCACUAUCCUUAUAAACAGCAUUUCGGAACAGAAAUGCAUUCAGGACCAAGGUCUCUGUUGCCCUUCCUAUUCAUGCCUCGACCGUAAACUUACAGAGAAAAUGUAUUUUUAUACCAACCAGACCACGUUCACGGACAAAUGACAUAGGAUGAACACUGCUGGUCAUCUCUGUCUGUCUGUGCUGUCAUCCCUUUUUGCACUGGCCUGGGCUGUGGAGCCGCUGGGUCAGGCUGCCCCCUGCUCCUCUCUGGUGGCUGGGGUCUUAUACGGCUCCUUCUCGCUCAGGGACCUCUUUCCCAGGCCAUCGGCUCUGGCAUCUGGAUGCUCCUGGACUGUGGAGAACCCUGACCCCACCAAGUACUCGCUCUAUUUCCGCUUCAAUCGCCAUGCCGGCGCCUGCUUAGCUUUUUCCCCACUAGUGCUGCCCCUGGACCACUACCUCUCAAACCAGACCUGUGGCCCCCCAGACCAGCCCACCUUCCCCUCGGACCCUGAAGCUGUUGAGCUUUGCAUGGUCCCAGGACCCCACACCUUCCUGCAGUUCGAUAAGAACUUUGUGCAGCUGUGCCUGACCACUCAUCCCAACAAAGAAGGCGACAAUGGAGAUGGGACGUCUGAGGGCCAAGCCCCCUUGUCAGCGGAAACUCUGGACUUCCGGCUCGUAGAGGUUCUGCUUAUUAAUAAUGAGAAUUCAAGUCAGUUCACGUGUGGAGUCCUGUGCCGAUGGUUCGAGGAGUGCUUGCACGUCGGCUCAGGAUGGGAAACCGAGAGCUGCAGUAUCACCCAGACGGGAUGCGUUUGUCCCAACACGGCCCCUCCGGUCUCCCUUCUGCCCACUGCACCCCACAACCACUCUUUAGAUCCCAGCGCGAGCGUGUUGCAAUCCCCACCCGAUGACUGUUGUGUCACACAGCUGCAUUCAAAGAAUGGCAUCGCUAUAGCACCCAGGGAUGUCCGGCAAGAACCUGAUGAUGAUGAGCAGAAGGUGAAGACACAAAGGCCGCGAUCAGCUGACCAGCCGGGUGUGUUUCAGGCCCAGACAGGUGACCCAGCAGCUGAGGAGUGGUCUCAGUGGAGCGUGUGUUCGCUGACAUGUGGGCAGGGUUGGCAGGUUCGUUCUCGUUCAUGUGUAUCCUCACCGUACGGGACCCUCUGCAGCGGCCCGCUGAGGGAAACCCGACUCUGCAACAACACUGCCACCUGCCCAGGUGAGCCGCAGCAUCAAGCAGUGCAUGGUCUGUGGGAGGAGUGGUCAUCGUGGAGCCUGUGCUCAGUUACGUGUGGCCGUGGCACUCGGACCCGGAGCAGGAUCUGUGUGCUCCCCCAGCAUGGAAGCAAUGGCUGUGGAGGGCCCGAGGUGCAAACCAAACUCUGCAAUAUAGCUGUGUGCCCCGUGGAGGGGCAGUGGUUGGACUGGGCAGCCUGGUCUCAGUGCUCUGUCUCCUGUGGCUCCGGCACUCAGCAGAGGCAGCGGCGUUGCAGCGUGUCGGUUCACGGCUGGGCGGAGUGUAAGGGGCCGCAUGCGGAAACUCGUGAGUGCACCAACCCGUCAUGUGGGGGUGGUGGGAACUGGGGUGCUUGGAAUCACUGGAGCUUGUGCUCCAAGACCUGUGACUCAGGUUGGCAGCGGCGGUUCCGUAUGUGUGAAGGCACGGGAAUCCAGGGUUACCCUUGCGAUGGCUCUGGAGAGGAAGUUCGCUCGUGUAAUGACAAGAAAUGCCCAGCACCUCAUGAAAUAUGUAAAGAUGAGUACCAGUUAGCCAUGACGUGGAAGAGAGCCUCAGCUGGAGAGACGGUAUACAACAAGUGUCCAUCUAAUGCCACUGGAUCUGCUAGUCGUCUUUGUUUGCUGGACGCUAAUGGAGUUGCUUACUGGGGUCCUCCGAGCUUCGCCCGAUGUGUCUCACUCGAAUAUAGAUAUUUACAUUUAUCUUUGCGAGAACAUCUUGCGAAGGGUCAGAGGACCCUGGCGGGGGAGGGCAUGUCUCAGAUCGUGAGGAGUCUCCUGGAGUUAAUGUCCCGUAAGAAUUAUUAUAGCGGCGACCUCUUAUUCUCCGUGGAGAUUCUCCGAAAUGUGACGGACACCUUCAAGCGAGCAACCUACAUCCCAGCUCCUGACGACGUGCAGAAAUUCUUCCAGAUUGUCAGCUUAAUGUUGGACAUUGAAAACCUUGAGAAGUGGGAAGACGCUCACCAGGUCUCUCCGGGUUCUGUGUUUCUGAUGCGAGUUGUGGAAGACUUCAUUCAUCUAAUUGGAGAGGCUCAAAAGCCGUUCCAGAGCUUUCUGGUCGUCACCAACAACCUCAUAAUCACUAUCCAGCGAGAACCAGUUUCGGCCGUUUCCAGUGACAUCAACUUCCCCAUGAAGGGGAGGAGAGGAAUGAAAGACUGGGCACGUUCUGCAGACGACAAACUCUUCAUCCCCAAAGAAGUCUUCACCCUGUCCUCUGAUGAAUCAGACGACACACCGUAUUUCGUCAUCGGAGCCAUCCUGUACCGCACCCUCGGCCUCAUAAUGCCCCCACCAAAAGAUCCAUUCGUAAUCAGCUCGAAGAUUCUGACUGUGACGGUACGUCCUUUACCCAAGCCCACCGAGCCCUUGGUAUCUGUGGAACUUGCCCCUUUGCUUAAUGGCACAACGGAUCCUCAGUGUGUUAUCUGGGACUACGGAAACCCAGAGGCUGGCGAAGAAAACUGGGACGCAGAGAGCUGCCAAACGCUCCCAUCGCCGGCAGUCUCCCACACCAAAUGUCUGUGCAGCAAGCUGUCCACCUUUGCAGUGUUAGCGCAGAAAGCUAAAGAACCGGGUAUGGGGCCCUCCAGUAUGCCGUCUGUGCCCCUCAUGGUGGGCUGUGGCAUAUCAUGUACGGCUCUACUCAUUCUGCUGCUCAUCUACGCUGCCUUUUGGAGGUACAUUCGUUCAGAGAGGUCCAUCAUCUUGGUGAACUUCUGCCUGUCCAUACUGGCCUCCAAUGUGCUGAUACUGGUGGGACAGUCCCAAACGCUCAGUAAGGGACUGUGCACUGUGACUGCUGCCUUUUUGCAUUUCUUCUUUCUGGCCUCUUUCUGCUGGGUGCUGACAGAGGCAUGGCAGUCCUACCUGGCUGUGAUUGGCAAGAUGAGGUCCCGCCUCAUUCGCAAGCGUUUCCUGUGCCUGGGCUGGGGUCUUCCAGCCCUUGUGGUCGCUGUGUCUGUGGGUUUUACUCGGGCCAGAGGUUACGGCACGCCAAGUUAUUGUUGGUUGUCUCUGGAAGGAGGGCUGCUCUAUGCUUUUGUCGGUCCCGCUGCUGUCAUUGUACUGGUGAACAUGCUGAUUGGGAUAGUGGUCUUCAACAAGCUCAUGUCUAGAGAUGGCAUCUCAGACAAGUCCAAAAAGCAGAGAGCAGGUCCGCCGUUGGAAGCGCGUAGCAGGCUGCUCCUGAAAUGCUCCAAGUGCGGCGUGAUCUCCAGUACCGCCCUGUCCAGCUCUACCGCCAGCAGCGCCAUGGCAUCGUUAUGGAGCUCUUGUGUGGUUCUCCCUCUGUUGGCACUCACAUGGAUGUCAGCUGUGCUGGCCAUCACAGACCGCCGAUCAACCCUCUUCCAGGUGCUCUUCGCUGUCUUUGACUCAGUCCAGGGAUUCGUCAUCAUCACCGUGCACUGUGCCAUGCGCCGAGAGGUACAGGACGCAGUGCGCUGCAGGAUGGGUGGUUGCAAAGAUGACAGUGAAAACUCUCCGGACUCCUGCAAGAACGGCCAGGUGCAGAUCAUGACGGACUUUGAGAAAGAUGUGGACUUGGCGUGUCAAACAGAAAGAGGACACCCAUUCAUUUUUAAGGAGGUAAACACCUGUAACCCUGCUACCAUAACUGGCACUCUAUCCCGCAUCUCCCUGGACGAUGAGGAUGACCCCAAGUUGGCAGCUCAUCAGGAAGGCGUUAAUUUCAGUAGCCUGCCUGGGAACAUCCCACCCCCAAAUCUCCUGGUGCAGGUACCUCCUUUGGGUCCGCUGAAUGAGCUAAGCGAGCAGCCACUAAAGAAGGAGGUUAAUGUGGAGCAACAAGGUCAGCAUCAACGAUCUGGACCCAUCUACCUGUGCACCGAGAGUGGGCUGGGUUGGGCCCGACCAAACCCUUCUUCCACCCAGGAUUCCGCUGGUGGUGGAGGUGGGGAAGGGGACUACAUGGUGUUGCCACGACGGACAGUCAGUCUCAAGCCCCCUCCUCCAACCCAGGAUGAGGGGAAGCCCCUGAACAUUACAGUAGACGACCCUCCCUUUCCUCCACCCCCUUCACCCAUGACUCUGCAUCCAGCAGAGAGUGAGGCAUACCCUGCAGACUUUGCAGCUGUGGACCACAUCAGCAUGAACCUAAACCGCUCCUAUGGCACGCUCAAACAGUUACCGGCCCACACCGGGCACACGCAUUCCCACACCAACACCCACACCCUGCAGGUCAAGCAGAAUCGUCCCUCUGUCCGGCAGAUCCUCACCUCGGGAACAGUGGAGCGCACCAGAACCCUUCCCCGCAACCUGGGCAGCACCAACACCAGCCUCUCGGCUGGAUCUUUGGAAAGGAAAAGAGUACGGUACUCUGAGCUGGACUUUGAGAAAGUGAUGCACACUCGCAAAAGACACUCAGAGCUCUACCAUGAACUCAACCACUCCACCAAGUUCCACACCAUAGACAGGUAUAACAGGGACCCUGCCAUGUCCUCCUUCAAGAGGGAAAAGCGAUGGAGCAUUUCGUCUGCCGGAGGUGAAAAGAAUUCUUCGAGUGACAAGUCCACCACAGAUGACCAGCGAUCCUGGGACAGCUUUAAGACCAUGACCCCUGAGCAGACAUGUGGCUCCAGUGAACAUAAGGACAGACUGGAGUUACGCAGUAAACCCUGGGACACAUCCUCCGCCAACACACCUGACACAUCCGAAGGAGACUUCCAGACUGAAGUGUGAAGAGAACACACGCCUACAACAAACUGAGAGACAACUAAACCCUCUUACGUACUCAAGCUGUCAGUGAUCUUCAGCAAGACGUGUUCUAAAGGAUUCUGUACUCAUUUACAGGUGUGAGGACAGACCAGAGAUGAAGAGUUCUCUAUUCUAUAUUUUCACACAGAGACAUUAAAUGAAAGAGUGGGGCCUGGAGAGUAUGGUAAAAAAUUUUUAACAAACUGUUUCUGAAAUGUCUUGAUUUUACUCCAGAAAAGAUUCUCUUUCUCCUGUUUGAUGAUUUGGGAAUUUAAAAAAUAAUAUUUCUGCACCCUUCUUUUUAUAGAGGAACGAAAAAAAUCAGUACUGAUGAUUCGCACACAGUUUAAUAACCCCUUAGGGUUUUUUUCCUCCUUUCUGUCUUUUCAUUCCUUGGAUGAUUCAAGUUCCGUUUCCCUUUUUCUUGCUUUGUUUUUCGGGGAAGAGGGAGGGGAAGUUUUGAAAGUAUUCAUUAAUAUGUGCCAUCCUCUGCUUUUUUUCCCCUCUGCAUCAGGUGUACUGUACUUACAUGCUUUUUUUUCUAUUAUUUUAUUUAGAAUGCUUGGCCAUCUUUUUAUUUUAUUUUAUGAAUGUUUUUUUGUAUACCUAAACUUCAGGUAUCAUUUUAUGGGCGGAAGUAGGUCAUACCACUGUGUGAUUGUGUUUUAAGUUUUUCAAAAUGCUUGACAGAAAAAAUUUGUGCUAUACAGUAUGUGCGAUUUAUUGUCAAAUUUGCAUUCGUUCACACCAGGGAAGUAUCUUUGCUCCAUCUUACACAAAACAACCAAAAGAAUCCACAUUCCAAUCAUAGGAAGCUUUGGUGUUCCAGAAUGGGCUUAUCCGGCAAGAGACGCACUUCCAGCUGAGAACGUUUCCAUUUUGAACCAACACAAAGGUGGUGCUAAGUUUCCACAUUUCUUCUCCAUCUUAAUAUUGUGCUACAUUUCUGCUCUUGCAAAAAGUAGUUCUUUGUGUUGUUUUCAUUUGAAAACCAGUGACUCCACCAGUCAUCCUGAAUUGAUUCAGAUUUAUUUCUGCACUUCGACUGUAGAGUUUGACAGUUGGCUUAAUGCUAAGCAGACUGCAGAGGUCAUCUUUGCUAACCCGCUUCUCUUUAUAACCCGUUCAUUAGUUGUGUUGGCUGAUGUAACUCCACAUGGAGACUUGGAAAGCGAGAACGAGAGGGCGAACGAGGAAGAGAGAGGUGUGGUAAUUAUCUUGGGGGAAUAACGAUUUGUCCUGACAUUUUCUUACUUGGCGCAAAUUUCAUCUGCUCAAAGAUCCCUGAAGUCAGCAUAUCAUAUAGGCACAGAUGGCAAGACUAGAGCAUGCCAUUUCAACCUUUGCAAGUAAUCUGCACUAAUGGGGAACAUGGGCUGCCUCGUCCCCAUGAAAUAUCUCCAAACCACCAUAGCAAUUAAAACUAGUCUCCCUUCUCAUCCGUAGUCAAGAAAAACUGAAUAUUACUCUCAUAUUUGGGAAAAGCAAUAUUGCACAAUCAAGAGUGCUGUUCGGCUGAUAUUCAGUACUGUAGCGUGUUUGUGAUAUUGCUUUUAGCAGUUCGGUAAACAAGGAGUUUUCUUUCUGACUAAAUUUGACCAUUGUUGUUCCACUAAUGAAAUUAAUUCCUAAAGAAGGCCAAGAUACAAAAACUAGAAAAGUACAAAGCCAGCUGGACUGUAUAGCAUUCUUGGAACACCGGCCAAUCAAAUUCGAGGACUGGAACUAAAUGUUUAUGAUAUGAAGUUACAAAUUUGGAAUGGACUUUGUUAAAAGGAAGUGAGGGAAUUGUAUCCUUAUCUUAAAAGAUGAGUAUGAUAAACCACAAAGGUGAUUUGACUAUUUUAGUUGUAGAGUUUGCAACCAUGCAGCUGUACACAAACCCUGCUUCAUUUACAGUGCCUGUUUUGUUUGUGUUGCUCUUUUGUCUGAUGCAGUCAUCGACUGUUUCAACAUUUUGUCAUUCCACUCUAUUUCUGUCUCUGUAUGUGAGUGUUGGGUUUUUCAUAGAUGUUUACAGAGUCCUACUUAUGAAGCUGGAGAAUUACACUCCAGAAUCCCACUAAACUAACUAUGUUUUGAACAGAUUUAUGUAUUGCUCUUUAAAAAAGGAAAAAAAAAAAAAUCUUGAGAAUGGCCUUACAGUCACAUAAAAUUUAUGAGAUAUGUAUUUUGAAUAUGUGCAUUGUGAGGAGGAUGAUCAUCACGUAGGAAAAUGAACAGCUGAGUGUGGAUGUAUUGAAGAUUGAAUAUGUUUGCUUGGACUUCCUGAUCUGCAGGAUGUUUUCUUCAUGGCUUGACAUGUUUGAAACUUUUGGAUCCUCCCCCUGCCAGCACACACAAUCCCAUUGGCUAAAGACGAUGGCUAUCACAGAGAAUCCUCCUUGCACCGUUUAAGUUUUUUAUACAUAAGAUUGUACAAAGUAGUCCUCUACUGUUUUCAUAGAGUGUCUUUUUAUAUGAAAAUAAAUUUUCAAACUGAUGAAUGCCCUCGUAGGGUUUUUCCUCAUUGUGUAGGUUUCCCAAUCCCAUUGGUAAAACUCAAUUAGGAGAGAAUGGGGAUGGCUGUCACAUUUUUUUACUUUGUAAUCCACUGUUGUUUGCACUAUUAAUCUUAAACUUUGAUAUACAUUUUCCACAUGUAUCUGCUGCAAAUUAAAGUUGUUUUGAAAUCUACAGCUUAUCCCUAAACUGCACGUUGCUAUCAAACUUGGCGUGGAUUGUAACACUUUUAUUUAUUUUUUAUUUUUGUCAGAAUUCAUAUUAUGCCAUAUUAAUGUUGAUUUCUCUUCACUCUUAAAAAUAAAGGUUAUUCAUUGGCAUCUGUGGUUCAAUGAAGAACCUUUAACAUUCCUAGAACCUUUCCAUUACACAAAAGCUUUUCUACAGUGGACAAAGGUUCUUCUAAUUAAUCAAAUAUUUUUCUCACUAUAGACAAUAAUGGUUCUGUUAGGAACUGUUCACUAAAAGAUUCUUUGGAGAACCAAAUCACUGCAAUAAGUCACAAUACCCUAGUGAAAAAUAAUGUAUUUGAAAUACAUAUGUUUCAUGCUAAGUAUAUUACAAAUACAUGUACAUAUUCAUGUACUUAAAUACCCUGAAAUUGUAUUUUUGGUCUACUAAACUGGUUUACUUAAAAGUCUGCUAAACUGGAACAAAUAAUGUUGUACUUAAUGCACUUUAAUUGUGUGGAAGUAGUGCUGAAGUCCAACUAAAGAUAUACUGAAGUAUAUUUGUUUGUGCUAAUGUGGAACUAUUGCAAGUAUACAGUACUUCUGGUACACUUUAAAUAUCUUGCAUUUAAAGACUGAUAUUAAAAGAUCAUAAAAUCCUCAUUAAACACAUUUUAGGCUUAAUAUUAAGAAAUGUGCAUUGUGCACAAGUAUACUCCAAAUAUAGUUUGAUUAAAAUUUUUAUACGUCUUGAGCAAUAUGUCAGUAAUAGAUUUGAACUGUAUUCUUAGUAUGAAAUAAAUGUAUUUUUAAAAUAAUAUUUUUUUACUAGGGUAGGAACCUUUAUUUUGAAGAGUGUGUCUGAAAAAUGGUGUUGUUUGUCCUCUAAAUCAUUUUUUAUUUUUACAGAGUCUUGAAACUUCUAUUGUCACCUCAGGAGGAUGUUGUUCAGGAUUGAUUGGUUGUACCAAGAUUUCUGUGUUAAUGAAGGUCUGUAUAAUUAGAAGGCUCUUUUCUUUGAUACUAAAUAUGCAGGUGUCUACUGUGUGCUCUGUAUACCCACAGGUACGACACCCAACAGACUUGUCUCAUUAUUAAAAUUCAUACUGGUUUUAAUCAUAAGUUAUUGUGAAAGGAGGCUGUAAUCAUAAAGCUUGAUGCUGUGGUUUUGCAAUCAGUUUAUUAGACUGAAAAGAACUUUAAGAAAAGAAACAAUCAAAGCUUUGGCGAUACUGCCAGAAUAAAUCUUCCUUGGGGUCGCCACGAUUUAGCCCAGUGAUCAGAGCUCUGUUCCAGAACAAUGGCAAUUAGCCAGCGGUCCAUUUCAAACGGUCUGCCUCCUGAUAAGUGCUCAUCAGACCAUUUUGAUGCUUGUCAUCAGACCAUAUUUGUCCCUGAUUGUUUCUGGAAGAAGAGAAUGACUGUGAAUUCUCUGUUGUGCACAAAUGUAAAUAUUCAGAGGCCCCUUGGAAAGCACAAAGAUUGCCGGCUUGAUCCCCUCAUCUCUACAGUUGAACUGCAAGAGCUUGUGCAUCGUUUCUGCACUGAGGGCCGCUUUGGCCGAUUGCCUCAUCGUAAACGCAAUUGGCUUACUGUCCAAUGGGCAGCCACUUGAAGCACAUCAAGCCUCUGUGCUAUCAAUCUGAUGUGCUAUGCCUACGAGUGAUCUAAUGCAAUGGCUUUGAACGUGGCCUUCGGGGCCUCUCCACGACUAUGUGGGAGUGGGACGAGUGGAAAGGUUGCUCUCUUCAGCAGUGGAAGACUUGUGUUCGCGUAAUGAGAUGUUCUACCCGGCCUCCCGCACAGCUGCCUGCUAAUAGCAGCCAUGGCCUCUCCAAAUGAAGCUUCGAGAGCAAUCUCCUGUUAGCUUGUUAUUUCUUAAGGUGUAGUUUUUCACUCGGUGUCAGUUUUUCACAUCUAAUUUAACUGAAAUCAGGCCUUGAGAGCCAUUCUUUUUUUUUUUUUUGUUAUUUAGGGGUUUGACUUCUAUCAAAUUGAGGCAUUACCUCACCUAGCACUAUUUUCUUUAGACAACAUCACACUGAGAGGAUCAUGUUAUGUCUUCAGUAUGGUUUUUGACUCAUAAUUUUAAAGUCAGACAGCAUACUUUUCUCCAUGGCCACCAUUCAUUUAUGAGUACCUUCACAGACAGCAUUGAUUUUAUUUUUUUUCUAUUUUUUUUUUUUUCAUUUAGCUGUAUGCAGAAUUGAGUUGGAUGUUUUUAUCCUUUCUCAUCAAAAUGAAUUUUACAUUUACACUACAUUUAUUUAUUUAGCAGAUGCUUUUAUCCACAGCAACUUAUAACUGAAGAGAACAACAAAGGGAAUUGUUGGCCCUCAUAUAAGUUUUUCGGUCGGAUAGUGUAUAAUGAAGGUAGAAUACAAAUUAAAGUUUGAAUUAUGUUCUUAGGAUAAAUUGGCAGAAGUUACAAUAUGUGUUGGCCCGAACAAAUGUUUGGUAUUUGUGUAUGUUGCCUUUUUUAUUAAUUGUUCAGUGUUAUAUUUGUUUAAAAGUCUAUAAUUAGCUGUUUUAUUACAAGUUUUAUUAUUAAAUCCCAUCAAU